CCAGCAUGCAUCACAUCUCAAAACAUGAAACAUGAAGCUGGUCCUCUCACAAUUUAAAUCAUGUCUGCCUGCUAUACUGGACCCGUACCAAUUUACCUAACGACGCAACAGAUCAACAGAGGAUGCCAUCUCCACAGCGCUCCACCUGGCACUCCCCUACCUGGACAGUCCCAAUACAUAUGUUAGAAUGCUGUUUAUUGACUUCAGUUCAGCAUUCAACACUGUGAUCCCCUCCAAGCUGAUCUCCAAGUUCAGCCAGCUUGGCAUCAGCAACUCACUCUGCAACUGGAUUAUGGACUUCCUUACUAACAGACCCUAGACUGUUAAAUUAGGAAGUCUCUCCUCCUCCACCAUCACCCAGAACACUGGCGUGCCGCAGGGCUGUGUGUUGAGCCCUCUGCUCUACUCCCUCUUCACCCACGACUGCGCCCCUGUUUAUGGCUCCAAUGCCAUAAUCAAGUUUGCAGAUGACACCACAGUGGUGGGCCUGAUCAGAGAGGAGAAUGAAAUAGGGAUGAGGUUCAGCAACUAGCUAUAUGUGGUUUAAAAACAAUAACCUGGCAGUCAACACUCAGAAGACCAAGGAGAUCAUUGUGGACUUCAAGAGAACGAAGAGCAGGGCACAUACCCCCCUCCACAUCAGUGGUGCUGAGGUGGAAUGUGUGUCUAGCUUUAAGUUCCUUGGGGUUCACAUCACAGAACAUUUUUCUUGGUCUCUCAACUCCUCCAAUCUGGUGAAGAAGGCCCUCACUUUCUAUGGACCCUUAAGAAAGCACAGCUAUGUCCUAGAAUUCUAUCAGACUUCUACCGCUGUACCAUUGAGAGCACACUCACAAACUGCAUCUCUGUACUGCGCUGCCGAUCGCAAGGCACUACAAAGAGUAGUGAAAUCUGCCCAAAGGACUAUUCCAACUCCCCUCCAUCCACAACACAUAUCAUAAACACUGUAGCCUACAAACAAAGCCAAAUCCAUUGUCAAGGAUGCCACCCACCCAAACCAUGGUCUUUUCACCCUACUAUAUAUAUAUAAUGUCUAUACUCUCUGUACAUAACCCUCUAUACUUCUUAUCUGUCACUGUAGACAUGUCAUCUGGAACCUGUAUUUAUCUCUAUCGUCAACAUAACUGCACAGACUGUAGCCUAUGCAACUUGGUAUUUAAUGCCCCGGGCCCAGGCACACGGCGGUCCAUAUCGAUGACUGCUGCUCUUCUAUUCGCUGUGAGGAUGCUCUGCUUCGUAAUGUGUCUCAUUGGAGAGGAAUUCAUCAGCCAGGAAGCUUACUGGGUUGUCUAUAAGCCGCUGUGUUAAGUUGCUUAAACCUAUUCAUAGCCUCGUUCGGGAGAGGAGAGAGAGAGAGACAAACAUCACAACAUUAACUCGAUCAGAGGUCAGUCGCGAGGAGGGUCUCGGUUCGGGUACAAACCGUUACCGGCGUAGGAGAUGUGGGAAGAAGUUUUGUCAUCUGCUUUUGCCAAGUCCGUCGCUGUAACCGUGGUGAUAGCUUUCUGUCUGCUUGCACUGAGGAAAUGGAUAGCAGGGGGCAGAUGUCGCAGCCGGGCACGUCUUCACGGGAAGACAGUGCUGAUCACUGGAGCCAACACUGGCAUUGGCAAGGAGACGGCACAUGACAUGGCUCGCAGAGGGGCUCGAGUGGUGAUGGCGUGCAGGGACCUGAUCAGGGGAGAGAGGACGGCAGAAUAUAUUCGCACAUCCACAGGAAAUGGAAACGUGGUGGUGCGCCACCUGGAUCUGGCCUCCCUGUAUUCUGUGCGUCAGUUUUCCAAAGAGUUUAUUGCCACGGAAGAGCGACUGGACAUUCUCAUUAACAAUGCUGGUGUGAUGAUGUGCCCCAAGUGGGUGACGGAGGAUGGCUAUGAAACUCAACUGGCUGUCAACCAUCUGGGACAUUUUCUUCUGACCAACAUGCUGAUAGGAGUGCUGAAGAAGUCCAGUCCUAGCCGGGUAGUGAAUGUGUCAAGCAUUGCACACAAAGGAGGAAAAAUUGACUUUGAUGAUCUGUUUUUCGACAAGAGGCCAUACAGCUCACUGGUCAGCUACAGACAGAGCAAGUUGGCCAAUGUCCUCUUCUCCCGAGAGCUCGCUCGCAGGAUGAGAGGCACCGGCGUUACGUCGUACAGUCUUCAUCCGGGGGUGAUCCGGACGGAGCUGGGCCGGCAUGUGGAGUGCUGGUUCCCCUUCCUGAGGAGUGUGCUCAUGCUCCCCUCAUACAUGCUCAUGAAGACGCCGUGGGAGGGUGCCCAGACGUCCAUCUAUUGUGCCGUGACAGAAGGGCUGGAGAGCAAGUCUGGCUCUUACUUUAGUGACUGCUCUGAGAAGGAGACAGCUGUUGAGGGCAGGGAUGAUGUUGCUGCUUGUCGCCUGUGGGAGGUCAGUGCCCGCUUGGUGGGUCUCUCAGACCAGGACUGAGGUGACCAAACGCCUGCGCCACCUCUCCCACCUCCAGACAGCUCCACAUGCUUCUCUAAGAGGUCACCCACACACACCUCAGAACACCACCGUUAUGUCUGAGAUGCUAAACAAAGCAAUGAGCUUUUCAGGGUGUUGUCAUGGGAGUUUGGGAGUCACCAAGACAAUCUAAUCAGCCAACAAUCAUUUGACAUUAGCCAACACGUUUGGCCUUUUUUCUGAUUUUAUGUGUGACAGAGUUUUUUCCCUCUUCUUCUUAGUUUGUGGUAAUCACGUCCAAGGCAAUGUAUUUUCUUUGAAAUGGAAUUUAUCAUUAAUAUCUGAGUUGUCAGUUUUUACUGUGUUUUUGCAUUUUCUUGUACAAUAACCCAUAAUACUCUGCACUGUAAGAUACUUAAUCACCCUUAAACCUAGAAAUUAUUGAGGCAAAUAUAGGGUUCAAUAAUUUUAAAAGGCUUUAACUCUGUCUAGAAAUGCAUAAUUUAAUUAAUGUUUCAUCGUGUACAGGGUUGUUUGUUACACUGAAUGUUAUGCACAAAAUAUAAACUGAACAAUAUUGAAAUCCUUACAUUUAAAUAUUAUACAUUUUAACAGUAUCAUAAACCUAAUUAUUAUAGGAAUGGUGUUUACAGCAUUUUUUAUUAUAACAAUGUUAUUAUAUACAAUGUUGUUUUGAUUUCCCUUUUGUAUUUCCAAAAUGUCCACAAGAGGGCAGAAAAGUCCUGUCAUUUUAUUAUAGCCGUGCCUGUAACCUCUAAAUGGACUUCCUAAAAAUGUUCCUGAUCAUAACCCACUAUGUGAGGUGUCAGGUUUUCAUUACUGCUGUUUUUAAAUGACUGAUGAGAGAAUAGAAGAAUUAAACUAUUAAUUUUAUGGAUUUACAACUACUUUUAAUCUGG